AUGGCCCUCGACACCCUCCCGGUUCUCGUGGUAAUCGGCGGCGGCGGCAUCGGCCUCGCAACCGCCCUCCGCCUCGGCCAAGGCCACCACAUCCUCCUCGCCUCGCGCUCCGCCUCCACUCUCGCCAGCGCCUCCGAGGCCCUCAAACAGGCCGGCCACAAGUUCACCACGCAUCAGGUCGACGUGACCUCCUACGCGUCCGUCCGCGCCGUCGCCAAGGCCGCGGCGUCCCUCGGUGGCGCCAUCGCCGCCGUCGUGCUGACCUCCGCCAUCUCGCCCUCCAUGGGUGAUGCAGCCAAGAUCUACGAGGUCGACGUGCUCGGCACGGCGAACGUGAUCGUUGCCUUUGGCGCGGAGGUCGAGAUGCCAAGGGGCAGUAGCUUGGUCUGCGUGGGAAGUAUGGCGCAGUACAUGGGCCCGCCGAUGUCCGACGCGCUGGAGCGGCAUCUCGCGCUGGCGCCGCUGGGGGAGCUGUUGAAUAAUGAGGAGAUGUGGGAGAUGGGACGGGCGCAUGAGGGGGCUGCGUAUUGCAUCGCGAAGAAGGCGAACGUGUUAAGGGUGGCGGCGGCGGCGGCGAGUAAGGAGUACGCGGGGAGGGGGGUGCGGGUGAAUUGUGUGAGCCCCGGGUGUACUGAGACGAAGAUGUUGAGGGAGGAGAUGGCGAGCGGGAGCGGGGAGGGGAUUCGGGCGAUGAUUGAGGGGUUGCCGGUGCCGAGGGCGGGGACGGCGGAGGAGAUGGCGGAGGCGGUUACGUUUGUUGUCGGUUGUGGGUAUAUCAAUGGUGUUGAUAUCCUCAUUGAUGGCGGGUGUAUGGCGGCGCAGAGAUGGGGGUCGUUAGUUGUUGGUGGUGUGAGGGAGACUUAG